AUGGCCCUGGCUGGUUAUCGCCAUUAUGGCCCCGAUACACAUCUUUCCCCUCGGCCCACGGGCACCGCGGCCGACUGCCGACCUCCAUGGCCGGGAGCCGGGCUGGGACAAGGCUGGGAGAAGUGGCGGGUCCUCACUGGCCUGCGUCCCCGCGGCAUCCUGCUGCCCCUUCCCGCUCAGCUGCCCCCCAGCAAAGCAGCCUCGGGCUCUGUCUCUGCGCCCUUCCGCAUCUCUGUGUGUCUGUCUCCUAGACCAGCUCCCACGUUGGUGCUAGCCAGCGAGUGGGUCAUCAGUCCCUUCCGAGUGCAAGGGGACAGUGGCCCAGCCUGGCUGGGGUUGAGCUGUCCCGGAGACAGGGCAGGGGGCCUCGGGGACCACGGCAGCCUCAUCCCUGCUGCCCGGCACAGCCAAGGCCGCGGUUGGGGCCCGGCCUCCCGGAGGCAGGCCCCCUCUGCCAAGAACACCUGCUCAGACGGCUCCCCAGGAAGCCCCCCGUGGGUCAAGGGCUCCGGGCAGAACGAGCGCUCCCCUGGGCACAGCGGUGCCUGCUGCAUGGUCGAGCUCAACCCGUUUGCUGAACGAGAGAAGGAGAGCGGUCCCACCCACGGCCGUCGGGACGCGUGUCCGCGGAGCCCCCAAGUCCCCAGGCCUCUCGAUCUGCAGGCCCACGCGGUCCUGUCCUCUCGUGUGGACGGCGGCCGGAUGGGUGUCGCCAGCAGGAUGCUGGCCCCGCUCUGGGCCCUGGCCCUCGCCCUGGCCUAUGCCCAGCACAUAGGCCAGGCUCAGGGCAGCUCUGUGGAACACAGCCACAAGUCCCCGGAACUUCAUGUCCCCCAGGAGCUUGGUGAAGAGGAUCAGUCCCCCCGCUGGGCUCAGGGAGGCUCGUCUGUGCCUGGCCUCAGCAUCCAGGGGUCGUCCUGGGCGCUGGGCACUGACUUGGCCCCGGGCAAGAGCUCCGGGCAGAGUUCCGGGCCGGAGCGCUUGCAGCCGCUCGGGACGGCCCGGAGGGAAGGCGGCGUGACCCCACGCCCUGUCCCCACAGGCCACCCACUCCGCGGGAUGAGCUUCCUGCCCCCUCUGAGGACGGCCCCGGUGGUGCGAGCCCGGAACCCCGCGCACAACGGGCGCGUCUGCAGCACCUGGGGCGACUUCCACUACAAGACCUUCGACGGCGACAUCUUCCGCUUCCCCGGCCGGUGCAACUACGUCCUGUCCGCGCACUGCGGCGCCGCGUACGAGGACUUCAACGUGCAGCUGCGCCGCGGCGGGGAGUCCAACGCCACCACGGUCACCGCAGUCACCAUGAAGCUCGACGGCACGGUCAUCCAGCUGACCAAGAGCGCCAUCCUGGUUAACGGCCGCCCAACUCAGCCGCCCUUCAGCCAGUCGGGGGUCCUCAUCGAGGUCAGCAACGGCUACCUGAAGGUGGACGCCAAGCUGGGCCUCGUCUUCACGUGGAGCCCAGACGACAGCCUCCUGCUGGAGCUGGACCCCAAGUUCGCCAACCAGACCUGUGGGCUCUGCGGAGACUUCAAUGGUCAGCCUGUGUUCAACGAGUUCCUCUCCCAUGGGGUCAAGCUGACAGCCCUCGAGUACGGGAAUCUGCAGAAGAUGGACGGCCCCACGGAGCAGUGUCAGGACCCUGUCCCCGUGCCCCCGUCGGACUGUGGGCGUGGCACCGGCCCCUGUGAGGAGAUCCUGACCGGCCCGCUGUUCUCGGGCUGCCGAGCUCUGCUGGACGCCGGCAGCUACGUGCAGGCCUGCCGGCAAGACCUCUGCCUCUGCGAGCACGCGGACCGCACUCGCUGCCUCUGCCCCACGCUCGCCGAGUACGCGCGCCAGUGUGCCCAUGCCGGGGGGCUGCCCCCGGACUGGAGGAGCCCCCACCUCUGCCCCCAGACCUGCCCCCCCAGCAUGCAGCACCGGGAGUGCGGCUCGCCCUGCGCCGACACCUGCUCCAACCCGGAGCACUCCCAGCUCUGCGAGGACCACUGUGUGGACGGCUGCUUCUGCCCCGAGGGGACGGUGCUCGACGACAUCGGCCAGACUGGCUGCACUCCAGCAUCCCAGUGUCCUUGUGUGUACAAUGGGGCCACCUAUGCUCCGGGGACCAGCUACGCCACAGACUGUACAAACUGCACCUGCUCCAGAGGCCAGUGGAGCUGCCGGGAGCUGCCGUGCCCAGGCACCUGCACGGUGCUGGGGGGCGCCCACAUCUCCACGUUCGACGAGAGGCAGUACACGGUGCACGGGGACUGCAGCUACGUGCUGGCCAAGCCCUGUGACAGCAGCGUCUUCACUGUGCUGGGGGAGCUGCGGCGGUGCGGCCUGACGGACACGGAGACGUGCCUCAGGAGCCUGACGCUGAGCCUGGACGGGGGGCACACGGUCGUCACGGUCAAGGCCAGCGGGGAGGUGUUCGUGAACCAGAUCUACACACAGAUGCCCGUCUCGGCAGCGAAUGUCACGCUCUUCAGACCGUCCACCUUCUUCAUCGUGGCCCAGACCAAGCUGGGCCUGCAGCUCGGGAUCCAGCUGGUGCCCCUCAUGCAGGUGUUCGUGAGGCUGGGGCCCGAGCUCCGCGGCCUCACCUGCGGCCUGUGCGGGAACUUCAACCAGAACCAGGCCGACGACUUCCGGACCCUCAGCGGCGUGGUGGAGGGCACGGCCGCCGCCUUUGCCAACACCUGGAAGACCCAGGCCUCCUGCCCCAACGUCAAGAACAGCUUCGAGGACCCCUGCUCCCUCAGCGUGGAGAACGAGAAGUACGCUCAGCGCUGGUGCUCCCGGCUGACCGACCCCCGCGGCCCCUUCGCCCAGUGCCACGCGGCCGUGAGCCCGGGCGCCUUCUACUCGAACUGCAUGUUCGACACGUGUAACUGCGAGAACAGCGAAGACUGCCUGUGCGCCGCCCUGUCCUCCUACGUGCACGCCUGCGCGGCCAAGGGGGUGCUGCUCCGCGGCUGGAGGGACGGCGUGUGCACAAAGCCCAUGGCCACCUGCCCAAAGUCGCUGACCUACCAAUAUAGCAUCAGCACCUGCCAGCCCACCUGCCGGGCCCGGAGCCACGAGGACGUCACCUGUGGUAUCAGCUUUGUCCCCGUGGAUGGCUGCACCUGCCCCAACGGCACAUUCCUGGACGAUGCGGGCAAGUGCGUGCCGGCCACCAGCUGUCCCUGCUACCACGAGGGCUCUGUGGUCCCCAACGGGGAGUCGCUUCAUGAGCGUGGAGUCAUCUGCACCUGCACACAAGGCACGCUGACCUGCAUCGGAGGCCAGGUUCCCUCCCCAGUCUGCACCCCGCCCAUGGUCUUCCUCGACUGCCGCAACGCCACGCCGGGGGCCUCCGGGGCCGGCUGUCAGAAGAGCUGCUUCACUCUGGACAUGGACUGUUAUAGCCCCCAGUGUGAGCCUGGCUGCGUGUGUCCCGACGGGCUGGUGGCCGACGGCGGGGGCCGCUGCGUCGCUCCGACGGACUGCCCCUGCGUGCACAACGAGGCCAGCUACCUGCCCGGCCAGACCAUCCGGGUGGGCUGCAACACCUGCACCUGCGAGAACAGGAAGUGGCAGUGCACAGAGGAGCCCUGCCUGGCCACCUGCGCCGUGUACGGGGAUGGCCACUAUGUCACCUUUGAUGGGAGGCGCUACAGCUUUAGCGGGGACUGCGGGUACACGUUGCUGCAGGACCACUGCCGCGGCAAUGACACCACUGGGACCUUUCGCGUCGUCUCUGAGAACGUCCCCUGCGGGACCACGGGCGUCACCUGCUCCAAGGCCAUCAAGCUGUUCCUGGGGAGCUUCGAGCUGAGGCUGAGUGAAGGCCGCGUGGAGGUGCUCGAGAGGGGGGUGGGGCCGGAGCCCCCCUACUCCAUCCGCCAGAUGGGCAUCUACCUGGUGGUGGACACCGAGGCCGGCCUGGUGCUGCUGUGGGACAGGAAGACCAGCAUCUUCCUCAAACUCAGCCCUGAGUUCAAGGGCCGGGUCUGCGGGCUCUGCGGGAACUUCGACGACAAGGCCGUCAACGACUUCACCACGCGGAGCCAGUCCGUGGCGGGCAGCGCCCUGGAGUUCGGCAACAGCUGGAAGUUCUCCCCGUCCUGCCCCGACGCCCCGGCCCCCAGGGACCCCUGCACCGCCAACCCGUACCGCAAGUCCUGGGCCCAGAAGCAGUGCAGCAUCAUCAACAGCGCGACCUUCGCCGCCUGCCAUGCCCACGUGGAGCCCACCAAGUACUAUGAGGCCUGCGUGGGCGACGCGUGCGCCUGUGACUCGGGGGGCGACUGUGAGUGUUUCUGCACGGCCGUGGCCGCCUACGCGCAGGCCUGCCACGACGUGGGUGUGUGCGUGUCCUGGCGCACCCCGGACAUCUGCCCCCUGUUCUGCGACUACUACAACCCUGAGGGCCAGUGUGAGUGGCACUACCAGCCGUGCGGGGCGCCCUGCAUGAGGACGUGCCGGAACCCGGGCGGCCGCUGUCUGCACGACCUGCCGGGCCUGGAAGGCUGCUACCCCAAGUGCCCGCCUGCGGCCCCCAUUUUCGACGAGGACCGGAUGCAGUGUGUGGCCACGUGCCCGACCCCACCUCCGCCACUGCCCUGCCGCGUCCGGGGCAAGUCAUACCGGCCUGGCACGGUGGUGCCCUCCGACCAGAAGUGCCACUCCUGCAUUUGCACCGAGAACGGCGUGCAGUGUGCCUACGACGCUGAGGCCUGUGUCUGCGUCUACGACGGACAGCACUUCCGACCGGGGGACGUCAUCUACCACACGACGGACGGCACCGGGGGCUGCCUCUCUGCCCGCUGCUCCGCCGACGGCUCCAUCGAGCGGGGCGUCUCCCCCUGCAGCACCACCAGCCCCGCCCCCGCAAGCACCUUCUCCUUCUCCACGUCCGCACCCGUUGUGAGCUCAACACGUCCGCCCCCCACGUGCCGCGAUUGUGGCAAGAGCCCAGCGCCCACGGGCACAACCCCCCGCACCACCGUCCAGCCCCACCAGGCGUGUGGGGAGGAGUGUCAGUGGUCGCCGUGGCUGGACAUCAGCCGUCCGGGCCGGGGCAUCGACAGCGGCGACUUCGACACCCUGGAGAGCCUCCGCGCCCACGGGUACCAGGUUUGCCCGGCGCCGAAGAAGGUGGAGUGCCAAGCGGAAGGGGCCCCCGGGGUGCCGCUCCCAGUCCUGGGCCAGCACGUGGAGUGCAGCCCGACGGUGGGCCUGACCUGCUACAACCACAAGCAGACGUCAGGGCUCUGCCACAACUACCAGAUCAGGAUCCUGUGCUGCUUCCCCCGGACCUGCUCCCCCUCCAGCAGUCCGGCCCAGACCACCCCUCCUGCAGCUUCAGGGAAUACAGAAACGGGGCCCACACGAGAGGUUAGCGGGGUCUCAUCUGUGCCGACAGAGCACAAAAUAUCCCCUGCCACGGUCGCUGCAACUGGCACAAGCAUUCUCUCCACAACUAGUGAAACACCUGCUCCAGGUACCCCCACGCCUGCCCCGGGGACCAGCACGACCCCACCAGGUACCCCCACGCCUGCCCCGGGGACCACCACGACCCCACCAGGUACCCCCACGCCUGCCCUGGAGAAAACUACUCUCUUGACUCUGACUCCGAUGCCAAUUUCAACAACACACGAGCCUUGUUUAAAACAGUUGUGCACAUGGACCCACUGGAUUGACAGCAGCUACCCUGAGCCGGGUAUAAACAGUGGAGAUUUUGACACUUUUCCUAAUUUGAGAGCCAAAGGCUAUAAAUUCUGUGCGAAGCCCAACAACGUGGAGUGCAGGGCAGAGUUCUUCCCGAACGUCCCACUCGAGGAGUUGGGGCAGAACCUGAUCUGUGACAAGAAUGUGGGGCUGCUUUGCCUGAACAAGAACCAGCUUCCCCCAAUCUGCUACAACUACGCGAUCCGCAUCGAGUGCUGUGAGCAGGUGGAUGUGUGUACAAGCGCCCCACACGCCGGCUCUUCGGAGGUCACACACCCAACCCCGAGGGACACGGAGACCCAAACACAGCUGACUCGAAACACUGGAAUUCCCUCGUCACCGACACAACAUGGCAUUGCCAGCUCGGCGCCUGUGCACCCGGCAGCCAGCACCACGCCUAACACAUACAGGGUAUCCUCACCUGUGACGGUCACCUGCCAGCCACAGUGCGCGUGGACCAAGUGGUUUGACGUGGACUUCCCGUCUCCGGGACCCCACGGAGGAGACGUGGAAAGCUUCAGCAACAUCAUGAGAAGGGGAGAGAAAAUCUGCCGCCGGCCCGAAUACAUCUCGCGGCUGGAGUGCCGGGCCGAGAGCCACCCCGAGGUCAGCAUCGAGAAGCUGGGCCAGGUGGUGCAGUGUGACCUCAGCAAGGGCCUGGUAUGCCGGAACCGGGACCAGGGAGGCAAUGUCGGGAUGUGCCUCAACUAUGAGGUCCGGGUGUUGUGCUGUGAGCCCCCAGAGCACUGCACGACGCACAAAACUGUCACAGUCCCUCACACCCCAAGUAUGAGCCCCACCAGCCCAACUGAGACGACCAUCCACCUGGUGACUUCCCACUCAACCUCUGUGCCAACAAGCAGCCCCACCUCGGUCAGUGCCACCUACCAGCUCAACCUCUGUGCCAACAACAAGUCCAACAUCAGUGCCAGAGACCAGAUCUACCUCUCUGCCAACAACCAGCCCAAUCUCGGUGCCAGAGACCAGCUCAACCUCUGUGCCAACAACAAGCCCAACAUCAGUGCCAGAGACCAGAUCUACCUCUCUGCCAACAACCAGCCCAAUCUCGGUGCCAGAGACCAGCUCAACCUCUGUGCCAACAACAAGCCCAACAUCAGUGCCAGAGACCAGAUCUACCUCUCUGCCAACAACCAGCCCAACCUCGGUGCCAGAGACCAGCUCAACCCCUGUGCCAACAACCAGCCCAACCUCGGUGCCAACAACCAGCUCAACCUCUGUGCCAACAACCAGCCCAACCUCGGUGCCAACAACCAGCUCAACCACGGUGUCAUGGACCAGCACAACCUCCCAACCCACUCCCCUCAUGUGACGGUCACCUGCCAGCCACAGUGCGCGUGGACCAAGUGGUUUGACGUGGACUUCCCGUCUCCGGGACCCCACGGAGGAGACGUGGAAAGCUUCAGCAACAUCAUGAGAAGGGGAGAGAAAAUCUGCCGCCGGCCCGAAUACAUCUCGCGGCUGGAGUGCCGGGCCGAGAGCCACCCCGAGGUCAGCAUCGAGAAGCUGGGCCAGGUGGUGCAGUGUGACCUCAGCAAGGGCCUGGUGUGCCGGAACCGGGACCAGGGAGGCAAUGUCGGGAUGUGCCUCAACUAUGAGGUCCGGGUGUUGUGCUGUGAGCCCCCAGAGCACUGCACGACGCACAAAACUGUCACAGUCCCUCACACCCCAAGUAUGAGCCCCACCAGCCCAACUGAGACGACCAUCCACCUGGUGACUUCCCACUCAACCUCUGUGCCAACAAGCAGCCCCACCUCGGUGCCAGAGACCAGAUCAACCUCUGUGCCAACAACCAGCCCAAGGUCAGUGCCACCUACCAGCUCAACCUCUGUGCCAACAACAAGUCCAACAUCAGUGCCAGAGACCAGAUCUACCUCUCUGCCAACAACCAGCCCAAUCUCGGUGCCAGAGACCAGCUCAACCUCUGUGCCAACAACAAGCCCAACAUCAGUGCCAGAGACCAGAUCUACCUCUCUGCCAACAACCAGCCCAAUCUCGGUGCCAGAGACCAGCUCAACCUCUGUGCCAACAACAAGCCCAACAUCAGUGCCAGAGACCAGAUCUACCUCUCUGCCAACAACCAGCCCAACCUCGGUGCCAGAGACCAGCUCAACCCCUGUGCCAACAACCAGCCCAACCUCGGUGCCAACAACCAGCUCAACCUCUGUGCCAACAACCAGCCCAACCUCGGUGCCAACAACCAGCUCAACCACGGUGUCAUGGACCAGCACAACCUCCGUGCCACCUACCGGCACAACGUCUGCUCCUGCAACCAGCACCACCCCCAUCCACACACCUGAAGCAACCCACUCCCCUCAUGUGACGGUCACCUGCCAGCCACAGUGCGCGUGGACCAAGUGGUUUGACGUGGACUUCCCGUCUCCGGGACCCCACGGAGGAGACGUGGAAAGCUUCAGCAACAUCAUGAGAAGGGGAGAGAAAAUCUGCCGCCGGCCCGAAUACAUCUCGCGGCUGGAGUGCCGGGCCGAGAGCCACCCCGAGGUCAGCAUCGAGAAGCUGGGCCAGGUGGUGCAGUGUGACCUCAGCAAGGGCCUGGUGUGCCGGAACCGGGACCAGGGAGGCAAUGUCGGGAUGUGCCUCAACUAUGAGGUCCGGGUGUUGUGCUGUGAGCCCCCAGAGCACUGCACGACGCACAAAACUGUCACAGUCCCUCACACCCCAAGUAUGAGCCCCACCAGCCCAACUGAGACGACCAUCCACCUGGUGACUUCCCACUCAACCUCUGUGCCAACAACCAGCCCAAGGUCAGUGCCACCUACCAGCUCAACCUCUGUGCCAACAACAAGUCCAACAUCAGUGCCAGAGACCAGAUCUACCUCUCUGCCAACAACCAGCCCAAUCUCGGUGCCAGAGACCAGCUCAACCUCUGUGCCAACAACAAGCCCAACAUCAGUGCCAGAGACCAGAUCUACCUCUCUGCCAACAACCAGCCCAAUAUCGGUGCCAGAGACCAGCUCAACCUCUGUGCCAACAACAAGCCCAACAUCAGUGCCAGAGACCAGAUCUACCUCUCUGCCAACAACCAGCCCAACCUCGGUGCCAACAACCAGAUCAACCCCUGUGCCAACAACCAGCCCAACCUCGGUGCCAACAACCAGCUCAACCUCUGUGCCAACAACCAGCCCAACCUCGGUGCCAACAACCAGCUCAACCACGGUGUCAUGGACCAGCACAACCUCCGUGCCACCUACCGGCACAACGUCUGCUCCUGCAACCAGCACCACCCCCGUCCACACACCUGAAGCAACCCACUCCCCUCAUGUGACGGUCACCUGCCAGCCACAGUGCGCGUGGACCAAGUGGUUUGACGUGGACUUCCCGUCCCCGGGACCCCACGGAGGAGACGUGGAAAGCUUCAGCAACAUCAUGAGAAGGGGAGAGAAAAUCUGCCGCCGGCCCGAAUACAUCUCGCGGCUGGAGUGCCGGGCCGAGAGCCACCCCGAGGUCAGCAUCGAGAAGCUGGGCCAGGUGGUGCAGUGUGACCUCAGCAAGGGCCUGGUGUGCCGGAACCGGGACCAGGGAGGCAAUGUCGGGAUGUGCCUCAACUAUGAGGUCCGGGUGUUGUGCUGUGAGCCCCCAGAGCACUGCACGACGCACAAAACUGUCACAGUUCCUCACACCCCAAGUAUGAGCCCCACCAGCCCAACUGAGACGACCAUCCACCUGGUGACUACCCACUCAACCUCUGUGCCAACAACCAGCCCAACCUCGGUGCCAGAGACCAGAUCAACCUCUGUGCCAACAACCAGCCCAAGGUCAGUGCCACCUACCAGCUCAACCUCUGUGCCAACAACAAGUCCAACAUCAGUGCCAGAGACCAGAUCUACCUCUCUGCCAACAACCAGCCCAAUCUCGGUGCCAGAGACCAGCUCAACCCCUGUGCCAACAACCAGCCCAACCUCGGUGCCAACAACCAGCUCAACCUCUGUGCCAACAACCAGCCCAACCUCGGUGCCAACAACCAGCUCAACCACGGUGUCAUGGACCAGCACAACCUCCGUGCCACCUACUGGCACAACGUCUGCUCCUGCAACCAGCACAACCCCCGUCUACACACCUGAAGCAACCCACUCCCCUCAUGUGACGGUCACCUGCCAGCCACAGUGCGCGUGGACCAAGUGGUUUGACGUGGACUUCCCGUCCCCGGGACCCCACGGAGGAGACGUGGAAAGCUUCAGCAACAUCAUGAGAAGGGGAGAGAAAAUCUGCCGCCGGCCCGAAUACAUCUCGUGGCUGGAGUGCCGGGCCGAGAGCCACCCCGAGGUCAGCAUCGAGAAGCUGGGCCAGGUGGUGCAGUGUGACCUCAGCAAGGGCCUGGUGUGCCGGAACCGGGACCAGGGAGGCAAUGUCGGGAUGUGCCUCAACUAUGAGGUCCGGGUGUUGUGCUGUGAGCCCCCAGAGCACUGCACGACGCACAAAACUGUCACAGUCCCUCACACCCCAAGUAUGAGCCCCACCAGCCCAACUGAGACGACCAUCCACCUGGUGACUUCCCACUCAACCUCUGUGCCAACAACCAGCCCAACCUCGGUGCCAGAGACCAGCUCAACCCCUAUGCCAACAACCAGCCCAACGUCAGUGCCAGAGACCAGAUCUACCUCUCUGCCAACAACCAGCCCAAUCUCGGUGCCAGAGACCAGCUCAACCUCUGUGCCAACAACCAGCCCAACCUCGGUGCCAGAGACCAGAUCAACCUCUGUGCCAACAACCAGCCCAAUCUCGGUGCCAGAGGCCAGCUCAACCUCUGUGCCAACAACAAGCCCAACAUCAGUGCCAGAGACCAGAUCUACCUCUCUGCCAACAACCAGCCCAAUCUCGGUGCCAGAGACCAGCUCAACCUCUGUGCCAACAACAAGCCCAACAUCAGUGCCAGAGACCAGAUCUACCUCUCUGCCAACAACCAGCCCAAUCUCGGUGCCAGAGACCAGCUCAACCUCUGUGCCAACAACAAGCCCAACAUCAGUGCCAGAGACCAGAUCUACCUCUCUGCCAACAACCAGCCCAAUCUCGGUGCCAGAGACCAGCUCAACCCCUGUGCCAACAACCAGCCCAACCUCGGUGCCAACAACCAGCUCAACCUCUGUGCCAACAACCAGCCCAACCUCGGUGCCAACAACCAGCUCAACCACGGUGUCAUGGACCAGCACAACCUCCGUGCCACCUACUGGCACAACGUCUGCUCCUGCAACCAGCACAACCCCCGUCUACACACCUGAAGCAACCCACUCCCCUCAUGUGACGGUCACCUGCCAGCCACAGUGCGCGUGGACCAAGUGGUUUGACGUGGACUUCCCGUCCCCGGGACCCCACGGAGGAGACGUGGAAAGCUUCAGCAACAUCAUGAGAAGGGGAGAGAAAAUCUGCCGCCGGCCCGAAUACAUCUCGCGGCUGGAGUGCCGGGCCGAGAGCCACCCCGAGGUCAGCAUCGAGAAGCUGGGCCAGGUGGUGCAGUGUGACCUCAGCAAGGGCCUGGUAUGCCGGAACCGGGACCAGGGAGGCAAUGUCGGGAUGUGCCUCAACUAUGAGGUCCGGGUGUUGUGCUGUGAGCCCCCAGAGCACUGCACGACGCACAAAACUGUCACAGUCCCUCACACCCCAAGUAUGAGCCCCACCAGCCCAACUGAGACGACCAUCCACCUGGUGACUUCCCACUCAACCUCUGUGCCAACAACCAGCCCAACCUCGGUGCCAGAGACCAGCUCAACCCCUAUGCCAACAACCAGCCCAACGUCAGUGCCAGAGACCAGAUCUACCUCUCUGCCAACAACCAGCCCAAUCUCGCUCAAUCAUGGUGCCAACAACCAGCCCAAGACUUGUGCCAGAAACCGGCUCAACCUCUGUGCCAACGAGCAGACCAACUUCGGUGCCAGAGACCAACUCAACCUCUGUGCCAACAACCAGCUCAACCACGGUGCCAACAAUACCAGAGACCAGCUCAACCUCUGUGCCAACAACCAGCCCAACCUCUGUGCCACCUACCAGCUCAACCUCGGUGCCAACAACCAGCCCAACAUCAGUGCCAGAGACCAGCUCAACCUCUGUGCCAACAACAAGCCCAACAUCAGUGCCAGAGACCAGAUCUACCUCUCUGCCAUCAACCAGCCCAAUCUCGGUGCCAGAGACCAGCUCAACCCCUGUGCCAACAACCAGCCCAAGACCUGUGUCAGAAACCAGCUCAACCUCUGUGCCAACGAGCAGACCAACUUCGGUGCCAGAGACCAACUCAACCUCUGUGCCAACAACCAGCUCAACCACGGUGCCAACAAGCAGCCCAAGAUCUGUGUCAGGAACCAGCUCAACCUCGGUGCCAGAGACCAGCUCAACCCCUGUGCCAACAACCAGCCCAAGACAUGUGUCAGAAACCAGUUCAACAUCUAUGCCAGCAACCAGCCCAACCUCAGUGCCACCUACCAGCCCAACCUCAGUGCCACGUACCAGCUCAACCUCUGUGCCAACAACCAGCCCAACCUCGGGGCCAGAGACCAGCUCAACCCCUAUGCCAACAACCAGCCCAAUGUCAGUGCCAGAGACCAGAUCAACCUCUGUGCCAACAACCAGCCCAAUCUCGGUGCCAGAGACCAGCUCAACCCCUGUGCCAACAACCAGCUCAAGAACUGUGUCCGAAACCCGCUCAACCUCUGUGCCAACAACCAGCUCAAUCAUGGUGCCAACAACCAGCCCAAGACCUGUGCCAGAAACCAGCUCAACCUCUGUGCCAACAACCAGCCCAACCUUGGUGCCAACAACCAGCUCAACCACUGUGUCACGGAACAGCACAACCUCCGUGCCACCUACCGGCACAACCCACAGUGCAUGUGGACCAAGUGGUUUGACGUGGACUUCCCAUCCCCGGGACCCCACGGAGGAGACGUGGAAAGCUUCAGCAACAUCAUGAGAAGGGGAGAGAAAAUCUGCCGCCGGCCCGAAUACAUCUCGCGGCUGGAGUGCCGGGCCGAGAGCCACCCCGAGGUCAGCAUCGAGAAGCUGGGCCAGGUGGUGCAGUGUGACCUCAGCAAGGGCCUGGUGUGCCGGAACCGGGACCAGGGAGGCAAUGUCGGGAUGUGCCUCAACUAUGAGGUCCGGGUGUUGUGCUGUGAGCCCCCAGAGCAGUGCGGUCACCCUUCAGUGACGCCAAGCGCAGCCCCUCCGGAGCAUACGUCCAGUGUGCCAUGGCCGAGCUCCACGGCCCCGGCCAGCGCGACGUGCUUCUGCAGCGUGUCCGGCAAGCUGUAUCCUGCAGGAUCCAUCAUUUACCAACAGACGGACCUCGAUGGCCACUGCUAUUAUGCCACAUGCAGUCUGGACUGCCACGUGGUCAGGCAGACGGACCAGUCCUGUCCCAGCAGCGUGGCACCUCCUGCCCCGACCACCUCCCAGCCUGGCUCCUCCCCUUCGGCCCCCGCGCCCAUCACUACGCAGGGGUGCCCGAAUGCAGUCCCCCCAAGAAUGAAAGGCGAGACCUGGCCCAUGCCCAACUGCUCUCAGGCCACCUGUGAGGGCCACGGGGUCAUCACCGUGCAUCGGCGCGAAUGCCCACGGGCGCAGCCCCCGACCUGCGCCAACGGCUUCCCCCCUGUGCAGGUGGCAGACCAGGACGGCUGCUGCCCCCGCUAUCAGUGCCAGUGUGUGUGCAGCGGCUGGGGCGACCCCCACUACAUCACCUUCGACGGCACCUACUACACGUUCCUGGACAGCUGCACCUACGUGCUGGUGCAGCAGGUGGUGCCCGUGUACGGCCACUUCCGCGUGCUGAUCGACAACUACUUGUGCGGGGCGGAGAGCCGGGUGUCCUGCCCGCAGUCCAUCAUCAUCGAGUACCGGGGGGACCGCGUCGUGCUCACCCGCAAGCCCGUCCUCGGGGUGAUGACCAAUGAGAUCAUCUUCAACGACAGAGUGGUCAGGCCCGGCUUCCAGAAAGAUGGCGUGAGCGUGUCCCAAAUCGGCAUCAAGAUGUACGUGACCAUCCCUGAACUUGGCGUCCAGGUCAUGUUCUCCGGGCUCAUCUUCUCGGUGGAGGUCCCUUUCAGCAAGUUUGCUAACAACACGGAGGGGCAGUGCGGCACCUGCACCAAUGACAAGAAGGAUGAGUGUCGCCUGCCUGGCGGGGCAGUGGCGGCCUCCUGCUCGGAGAUGUCCGGCCACUGGAAGGUGACGACACCGCACCAGCCGCCAUGCCUUGGGCCCUCCCCGACGCCCACUGCAGCCAGGCCUGCGCCCUCCCCAACCCCGUGCUCCUCGUCGUCAAUCUGCCAGCUGAUUUUGAGCAAGGUCUUCGAGCCGUGCCAUGCGGAGAUCCCCCCGCUGACGUUCUACCAAGGCUGCGUCUUCGACCACUGUCACGUGACCGUCUCCGACGUGGUGUGCUCUGGCCUGGAGCUGUACGCGUCCCUCUGUGCCUCCCGUGGCGUGUGCAUCGACUGGAGAAGCCACACCAACCACACGUGCCUGUUCGCCUGCCCUGCCGACAAGGUGUACCAGCCGUGUGGCCCGUCCAAGCUCUCCUACUGCUACGGGAGGGACAACGCCAGCCUCAUGGCCUUAGAGGACGCCGGCCCCAUCACAGAAGGCUGCUUCUGUCCAGAGGGCUUGAUGCCUUUCAGCACGAGCUCUGAAGUCUGCGUGCCCACAGAUUGCCACAGGUGCCUGGGGCCCCACGGGGAGCCUGUGGAGCCCGGCCACACUGUCAGCAUGGGAUGCCAGCGGUGCACCUGUGAGAACGGCACAUGGACCCUGAGCUGCCAGCCGCAGCCCUGCCCCCUGCCCCCAGCCUGCCCCGCGCCCGGCUUGGUACCUGUGCCUGCGGCCCCCCAGGCCAACCAGUGCUGUCCCCAGUACAACUGCGCCUGUGACACCAGCUACUGCCCCAAGCCCGUGGCCUGUCCCGAGGGCUCCCACCCCAUCCUGACCUACGAGGAGGGAGCCUGCUGCCCCCACCAGAACUGCAGUUGGAACGUCUGCAGUGUCAACGGCACCUUGUACCAGCCCGGCUCCGUGGUCUCCUCCAGCCUGUGUGAGACGUGCCGGUGCCAGGCGCCCGGCAGCCCGCAUUCAGACACGGCGGUGAUCAGCUGUGAGACUCAGAUUUGCAACACCCGCUGUCCCGAGGGCUUCGAGUACCGGGAGCAGAGCGGGCAGUGCUGUGGCGGGUGCGUGCAGCAAGCCUGCGUCCUCAACGCCACGGACGGCUCCCCCCUUCUCUUCUACCCGGGCCAGUCCUGGCCAGACCCCAGGAACCCCUGCGUGACCCACGAGUGUGAGAAGCACCAGGAUGGGCUUGUGGUGGUGACCAGGAAGAAGGCGUGUCCCCCACUCAGCUGUCCUGCGGACCAGGCCAGGCUGAGCGAGGACGGCUGCUGUCUGUCCUGUCCUCCGCCGCAGCCCCAGAACAGGUCCGCCUGCGCCCUGUUCCACGAGCGCCACGUCCUCCACCACCAGGGCUGUACGUCCCCCCGGCCCGUGCGCCUCGCCUUCUGCCGCGGCAACUGUGGCGACAGCGUCUCUGUCUACUCCCAGGAGGCCCACGCGCUGCGGCACAGCUGCGAAUGCUGCCAGGAGCGGCGCGUCUCCCUGAGGAGCGUGACCCUGCGCUGCGCCGACGGCUCCCACCGCGCCUUCAGCUACCCCCAGGUGGAGGAGUGUGGCUGCGUGCGGCAGCACUGCGGCUCCCACGGCGCCCACGGCCACGGGGCGGACUCGGGGCCUGUGCAGAGCGACGAGGAGCAGAGCCAGGAGCUUUGGCUCCAGGGACCCGAGCCCUGGCCCAGGGGACCCGAGGCCAUGAUGCCCUGCCCGCCCACCUUGUCCCUCUCGGGGGUCCAGCUGGCCCUCGGGUGUGCGGUGGCCCCGACCAGCCCUCAGGCCACUCUGGCCGUGGGUCCAGCGGACAGGGAGCGGGCUGUCGACCCCCGGGAUGCCCUCCUUGGGCAUAGCACAUUCUCAGGCCUCUGGCUUUGGGAGACGCUGUUGCACGGACCAAUUGGCCCCACAGCUGUGGGCGGCUCCCACGUCAGCGCCGCCGACCCCCCGAGCGGCUCGGGUGUCGGAGGGAACUGCCCCUUCCUCGGGGCGCAGGGUGCAACGGGUGUCCGCCUGGAGGAGAGGCCCCAGGGAGGCAGCACAAGCCCCAGAGGCGACGAGAGCCUGGCCGGGCGGCUGGACCCAGGGUGUUCCCUCGGCCCCUCUGGGGACAUCCGCAGGCCGAUGGCUCCCAAGCUCCCACGGGUCCGCAAGAGGGCCAGUCGGCACUUUGUGGAAACCAACAAGAAGCUGAGGCCUGUGGAGAGCAGCCCGGGCCGGGGGGGCACACCCCCCAGUGGGUCAGGACCUGCCCCAGAGCCCAGUUGGACGCUCUGGACCUCAUCCAUUGUAGGGGGACCUUGCCUGGUUUCCGAAGCCGACUGA